CUUCUCGCUACCACCAUCUUGGCGUUAGCGCCUCCCAUUCGAAAAGCCUCGUCUCAGCAACCUUAGCUCUUCAUCGAAGCUAAAUCUUAAAUAAAACACUCGUCGUACUUGGUAUUCCUCACUUCGGUCAUGACUCGGUUACUUGCGGACCCUACCCUGGCGCAAUGUCCAGAUUUUACCUCUGUCAUUUUCAAUACCAGUCGUGCACCUCUCCUGAGUCCCACCAUCGACGACGCUCAAGCGGCUGCCAUGCUUCGCACUAUCUGGCUAGCCACCAACACGGUUCUCACUAAACAGUGGCAGCGCCAGCUAGACUCUGACGCCCGAGAUGUCGCCGAACAGCAGCGUCUCCUCACUGAAGAUGAAGCCCAGCGUCUCGCGGCUCAAAAAGUCCAAGAUGCUCUCUUUACCGAAGAAGAGAGGAAGAAGAACUGGAUCCACCACAUCCCCAUUCCUGAUCGUCCUCGUCCCACUCGUGCAGCCGAAUCCAUCCUUGUUGCGGACUAUGCCUUGCGCAAGCUCGACAAAGCCCAGUUUGUCGAGCUGUAUUACUGGACUAACAAAGGUCUUUCAAAUGCUCGUUCAGCCUUUCACACCUUCGACGAUGACACCAUGUUACCCGCUGCCGCAGCAGACGGCUCCACUGUCUGUACCGCAGCCGGUGUCAUCGCAGACCAUCUCCUCACUCCCCUCGACUUCUCGAGGGCUGUUCCUCGUUUCAUUGCCUCGCUUGAACAGCGAGGCUGGGUUGCUUCACGCGUUCGCAUGUUGGCACAAUUUUUCGGGGGGCUGAUGCUGCACCACUACUGGACAUCGGACAAUCAAUUCGAGCAGCGGGCCCUUCUCGUGUAUCAAGAGGAGCAACGCCGAGCUUGGCAUCAGGCCAUUUUGCAACCGGCUGGAGCCUGGAACAUUUCCAUUCUCGAUGAGACGGAGAUUUCUCGGUGUUUCGAUCGCAUCUAUCACGCAGAGCGUGUGCGCAUUGACCAUGAUUUCGACUUAAAGGUUAGUCCUUUGCAUUUUUUCUGAUGAACAAUCACUGAUCUUCCUUCCUUGUGUUCUCUCUCGUGUUAACGGUAUCCUACUGGCGUUUUUUGUGUCUACUGUGUUGUCAUCUAUGUAAUGGGUGUUAUGAUAUGCGUUUUGUCUUGCGUCUAUGCAAUAUGCGGUUCCCUCUGCGCGUUUUGUGUGAUCUGUUUGGUCCUUUGCUGCGCUACUUGCGUUCGCAUGGCCCUCAGCGGUUUCAACGUCUAUCCUCUCGCUCGUCCCACGACGAUUCUGCAUCUAGUCGCAGGGGGCAUAGUCUGGCGUGAUGUAUGAAAAGCGGGAGGGACGCUAAACAAAGAUAGUAAUCUCAGUAUCUUUGAUAGAACUAGUUUUACUAUGUGACAAGUACCUAAACGAAGAUAGUACUAAAUCUUUUGUGAGCUCGUUGUAAACUAAAUAGAAUUUUGACAUACGCACAUC